CAAAUCAAAAUACUUUAACGAACCAAAAUAACAAAAACAAAGAAGAAGAAAAAUGGAAGCAAGUAAAAGGAGGAAAGUAAUCAUGUACCCGUUACCGUUUCCGGGACACUUGAACCCAAUGAUCCAACUCGCCAGAAUAUUUCACCACCGUGGCUUCUCCGUCACGAUCCUCCACACCUCAUUUAACUAUCCCGAUCCUUCUCACCACCCACUCUUCACUUUUCGAACAGUUCCUCACAACAACGAAGGUGGAGAAGACCCUCUGACUCAGCCAGAGGCUUCCAGUAUGGAUCUUGUCGUCUUUAUACGUCUGCUGAGACAAACUUACGCGGAGACGUUUCGUCAGUCUCUGGCGGCUGAAGUAGGUGGAGGAGAGGCGGUGUGCUGUUUGGUCUCCGACGCUCUUUGGGCGAGGGGCACGGAGGUUGCAGCGGAAGAGGUUGGAGUCCGUAGAUUGGUGCUGAUCACAAGUGGUGCCGCGUCGUUUUGUGCUUUUGCUGCUUAUCCACUCCUCAGAGAUAAGGGUUACAUCCCGAUUCAAGAUUCUAGAUUAGAUGAGCCAGUGACAGAGCUUUCACCUUUGAAAGUGAAGGAUCUUCCGGUAAUGGAAACGAAUGAGCCGGAGGAACUAUACCGGAUAGUUAAAGAUAUGGUGAAAGGAGCCGAGUCUUCUUUAGGAGUCAUAUGGAACACAUUCGAAGAUCUUGAAAGACUCUCACUCAUGGAUUUUAGCAGCAAGUUUCAUGUUCCCAUAUUCCCGAUUGGACCGUUUCACAAACAUAGCUACAAUCUUCAACUGACAACAAAAAACACAGAAGACCAUGUAAUAACUGAUUGGCUCGACAAGCAAGACCCGCAGUCUGUGGUCUAUGUGAGUUUUGGGAGCCUUGCAGAUAUAGAGGAGAAGGAAUUUCUCGAGAUUGCUUGGGGUCUAAGAAACAGUGAACGACCUUUUUUGUGGGUGGUUAGGCCCGGGUUAGUCCGAGGGGCUGAGUGGCUUGAGGCAUUGCCUAGUGGGUUUGUCGAAAACAUUGGCCAGAAGGGAAAAUUUGUGAAAUGGGUGAAUCAACUAGAGGUAUUGGCGCAUUCUGCAGUUGGAGCAUUUUGGACGCAUUGUGGAUGGAACUCGACGCUAGAGAGCAUAUGUGAGGGUGUGCCAAUGAUAUGUACACCGUGUUUCACGGACCAACGUGUGAACGCCAGGUACAUCAUUGAUGUAUGGCGUAUCGGAAUUGAGUUAGAGAGAAGUAAAAUCAAUAUGAGGGAGGUCGAGAAGGUGGUAGUUAGUAGUGUGUUGGUAGAGGAAGGAGAUAGAAUUAGAGAGAUGUGUUUGAAGUUGAAAGAGAGAGCUCGUGUUUGCUUAGAUAAAGAUGGGUCUUCUUCUAAGAAUUUAGACAAACUUGUAAGUCAUGUUCUGUCUUUUUAGUUCUUACGCUUUUGCAACGUAGACACGUAGGAGCAAUCCUCUUUCAAACAUAUGGAGGUUCUACGUUUUUUUAGAUACUAUGUUGGUUGUAUGUUCAAAUUUAUAUUAAUCCCUUCAGUUGUAUAUAUUUUAAU